AUGAGGUUCCCCUCACUGUUUGGGCCUGCGACGGCUGGCUUGUCGACUCUUAUUCAUCUCGCCCACGGCUUGUCCUUCACCUCCGUAUCCCAGCCGGACCUCGACCUCGGACCCCUCGGCCAGGUCGCCCUUGCUGGUGACUUCGAUGCGGCGACCUUCUACGCCUAUACCGAACAGGCACACACCCCCUCCCCCGAAAAUGACACCCAAUCCCUCCUCACGCCUCUUCCCAACGGGAUCAUGACGACCCUUGCCGAUUCCGACGCCGCCAUCCGUGCGAUGUGCCCUUUCACCAAGAAGGAUGGUUCGUUCGCUGGUAUCUUCAUUGGCGGCAAUUUCACUCGCCUGGGUGGAGUUGAAUCUCCGGGCGCCGCAUUGUUCAAUCCGAACACGACCAAGGUGACGGCUCUCCCCGGUCUCACCGGCUCCGUAUCCGCUGUUCUGUGCGAUCAGGAGACGAACCGCGUCUAUGUGGGUGGCCAGUUCCAGUACAAGAACAGUACCAACGCCGCCGUAUGGGUGGUGGAUCAGGGAUGGUCGAGCUUGGAGUUUGAGGGAUUCAAUGGCGCCGUGACUUCGAUUCUGAAGAAUGACGAUGGCCACAUCAUCUUCGGCGGUGCGUUUGAUGGCAUCGGUAAUGCAACCUCCUCCGACAAGACCCUGCAGAUCGUCAACCUCCCAAGCGCCAACAUCUCCUCCGAUGCGAUCUCCUCGAAAAGCGGUUACGCCGAUCCCCGGAACAUCCUCUGCCAGACUAGCGGUGCCGACGGCGAAGGCAAGACCUGGCUCCUGGACGACUACUCACCUGGAUACUGGAGAGCAGAUAUGCGGUACGAAUUCUACCCCACCAAGCUUCGUUUAUACAACACCCAUCUGGAGGGAAGGGGCACCAAGUCUUUUCUCUUUAGACGUCUCCCGGACAAUGGCAUAAUGAACUUGACCUACACCGAUCCCGAUACCGGUGACGAUGUCUACUGCGACUCGUCCUGCCCCUUGUCCGACAGCACCGACGAGCUCUACCGCGAUUUCAAGUUCGUAAACACCGUCGGCAUGUCCGGGUUCAUGCUGGAAGUUCUGGGCUGGUACGGGGCUGGAGCGGGCUUGAAUGGAAUUCAGCUCUACGACAAUGAGACCGUCGCAUAUGCCAUCAACGACUUCAACGAGCCAACUUGUGCCGGUAUCGAGGAACCGUCUAAAUCCUCCAACACUGGCUCAUGGACCACCACUGAUACGGACGAAAGCCAGUCCGAGUACUUGACAGCCAAUGUGACCGACUCUACCACAACUGACACCUCGGUUGUGUUCAUGCCAGAUGUUAAGCGGUCCGGUAGAUAUUCGAUCUUGCUUUGGACGCCCGGGUGUAGUCAGGAUGGCACCUGCGAGUCUCGCGGCGUUGUUAAUGUCACUGCGACUGUGUCCAGCAACUCUGAUCCCGUCGAGAAGCGAAUCUAUCAGACAAACCUGUAUGAAAAAUUUGACGUCAUCUACACCGGCCAUGUGGACGCUAGCGAUGAGUCCUUCCGCCCCAGGGUCACCUUGACCCCCGUGGCUGGCCAGGGUGAUAUCACCGUCGUCGCGUCCCGAGUCCAGUUCAAUUUGAUCCACGCUUCGGGAGGUCUGAGUGGGGAGCUGAAUGGGUUGUACGACUUCAACCCUAACUCAAACAACACCAAUACCGACCUCUCCUCAUCUGCCAUCAACAAUGCUGGAACGAAACUGGAUGAGAAUGCCUCCGUUGAGAGUCUGGUCAGCCACGAUGGCGUUGUCUAUGUUGCAGGAAACUUCUCCGGCUCUGGCAUCCAAAACAUCAUGUUCUUGAAUGAGGAUGGCAACGCCACUGCAAUGGCCCAACAGGGCCUCAACUCAAAGGUGGCCUCGAUGGCCGUGUUGGACAGUCUCCUCUAUGUAGGCGGAAAUUUCACGGACACGUCUGACAGUAGCAACAGCAACUUGAAGCAUGUGGCGGCCUAUUCGUUCAAUGACAAGACCUGGACGGCGCUUGGAGGAGGAGUCAACGGCCCUGUUGACCGUGUCUUUGCCCUAUCACUGAACGUUUCCGCCGACCUAAAUGAGACCACGAUCGGGGUGAGCGGCAAUUUCGACCAGCUACUUGGAUUUGACGAUAUACCGUCGAGCAGCGUCAACGGGUUUGCCGUCUGGCUGCCAUCCCGCAAGAACUGGCUCCAGAAUCUUAACAUCACCCAGUUUGGAUUCAGUGGACAUCUGUCCGCCGUGACCAGAGCUGAAAACAUCACCAUCCUGGCAGGCAACCUUGCGUCGGGGGGUAUUUCGGUCGGAAGCUCUGUUAGUCUGCUACACGAAGACGAAUUGGGGCUGACGCCCUUGCUCCCCAAGUCGAACACUACCGGUGCAACCUACACUGGUGUCUACGAUACCAGUUCCGGCCGCAAUCUCACGAUUCUCGGUGGCCGUUUCACCACUACUGCCAGCAAUGGUUCCCAAAUCCACAACCUUGCUAUGGUUGAUGGCAACGAGGGCACAAUCAGCGGUCUGGGAUCUGGUGUUGAUAGCAACUCGACUUUCUUGACGUUUGUCGUUUCCGGUGACACUCUCUACGCUGGUGGCAAUGUCACGGGACACGUGGGAGACUCAGCGCUUGGUGGUUUCGUCGUAUAUGAUCUGGAGAACGGAACAUUCGCUGAAACACAGCCCCCGCGCUUCACUGGCGAAACCGUGACUGUAAAGUCGAUCGUCACUCGUCCGAACUCCAAGGAGAUCUACUUCGCUGGUCAAUUUGACAAUGCUGGCGCACUUCCUUGCCCAGGCAUCUGCUUUUAUGAUUCGGACGAGCAGCAAUGGUCUCGGCCCGGUGCGGCCCUGUCUGGCCAUGUGCUCGCGAUCCGUUGGACGUCCAAUAACAACAUGAUUGCCGUGGGCGACCUUGAAAUUGAGGGGAACAAGUCCGUCGUUGCGACCUACACGACCAAGGGCCAGGUUUGGAAGUCGUUCGACGGAGCGUCGAGUUCUGAUAUCCCUGGCACUGUCACCGCUUUCACUCCCGCCAGCACGGACGUGUCGAAGUUCUGGCUCGCCGGAGUAUCUGACGACGGAUCGAGUUUUCUCGUCAAUUACGACGGCAGUGGCUUCCGGUUUGCCGACAAGAUCUUCGGUGACGGCACGGACAUUCGAGGAUUGGAAAUCCUUCCUAUCUCCAAGGAUCACGAGAAUGUUGACCUCCUGAACGUCGAUCAGAUGCUUUUGGUCACCGGUAAAUUGGUGAUCCCGAACUUCGGCCAUGCAUCUGCUGCUCUCUUCAACGGAACUGCAUUGACUCCUUUUAUCCUCACGUCGACGUCGGGUGGCCAACACGGUCGAGUGUCGCAGCUGUUCUACGAGAAUAAAAAUCCUUACACCCGGGAAGGCGAUCACCAUUCCAACGGAAUUGUUGUUUUGGUAUCGUUCUGCUGUGCCCUCGGAUGCGUGUUCCUGAUUGUCAUCGCGGGCGUGAUCUUCAAUAAGAUUCAGCGUCGCCGUCAGGGAUACGUGCCGGGUCCGCAAACCGACCGGUCGACGAACAUGCAGCGUCUGCCUCCGGAGUAUCUUUUCAACACGUUGAAGAACCGCAACCCCGCUGCGCCGACGAUAUAA